AUGGAAGAGGAGCUGAAGUGUCCGGUGUGCGGCGCCCUGUUCCGCGAGCCGAUCAUCUUGCCCUGCUCGCACAAUGUCUGCCUGCCGUGCGCGCGCACCAUCGCGGUGCAGACCCCGGACAGUGAACAGCACCUGCCUCCACCGCUUCUAUUGCCCCGGGGCCCAGACUCUGACCCCGCGGCCUCUGGAGGCGCAGGGGCCUCGGGGGGCGCGGUAGGGGGCGCGGCUGCGGGCGGCGGGGACCACGCCGACAAGCUGAGCCUGCACAGCGAGACGGACAGUGGCUACGGCUCCUACACGCCGAGCCUCAAGUCCCCCAACGGGGUCCGCGUGCUGCCCACGGUGCCCGCCCCCCCAGGCUCUUCCGCGGCUGCGGCCCGGGGCGCCGCCUGCUCGUCUCUGGCCGCGUGCUCCUCCAGCUCUAUCACCUGCCCGCAAUGCCACCGCAGCGCCUCCCUGGACCACCGCGGCCUGCGGGGUUUCCAGCGCAACCGGCUGUUGGAGGCCAUCGUGCAGCGCUUCCAGCAGGGCCGAGGGGCGGCGCCGGGGGCGUCUGCGGCCGCGGCAGUGGCCGUCUGCCAGCUGUGCGACCGCACCCCGCCAGAGCCGGCGGCAGCGCUCUGCGAGCAGUGUGACGUGCUCUACUGCGCCGCCUGCCAGCUUAAGUGCCAUCCGUCCCGGGGCCCCUUCGCUAAGCACCGCCUGGUGCAGCCCCCGCCACCUCCUGCGCCUCCAGAGCCGGCCCCCAUCGCCCCCAGCGCGGGCAGCGGCUGCAAGAGUCCCGGAGGCGCUGGCGGGGGAGCGGCUCGCAAGUUCCCCACGUGCCCGGAGCACGACCUGGAGAACUACAGCAUGUACUGCGCCAGCUGCCGGAGCCCAGUGUGCUACGUGUGCCUGGAGGACGGCCGGCACGCCCAGCACGAGGUGAAGCCGCUGGGUGCGGCUUGGAAGCAGCAGAAGGCCCAACUCUCUCAGGCCUUAAAUGGAGUUUCAGACAAGGCCAAAGAGGCAAAGGAGUUCCUGGUUCAGCUCAAGAACAUCCUGCAGCAGAUCCAGGAAAACGGCCUGGACUACGAGGCCUGCCUGGUGGCUCAGUGUGAUGCCCUGGUGGAGGCACUGACUCGGCAGAAGGCCAAGCUGCUCACCAAGGUGACCAAGGAGCGGGAGCACAAGCUGAAGAUGGUCUGGGACCAGAUCAACCACUGCACGCUGAAGCUGCGCCAGUCCACAGGGCUCAUGGAGUACUGUCUGGAGGUGAUCAAGGAAAACGACCCCUCGGGCUUCCUCCAGAUCUCCGACGCGCUGAUCAAGCGUGUGCAGGUGUCUCAGGAGCAGUGGGUCAAAGGUGCCCUGGAGCCAAAAGUAUCUGCAGAGUUUGACCUGACAUUGGACAGUGAGCCGCUGCUGCAGGCCAUCCACCAGCUGGACUUCCUUCAGAUGAAAUGUAGGGUGCCACCCGCCCCACUGCUACAGCUGGAGAAGUGCUGCACCCGUAAUAACAGUGUCACACUGGCCUGGAGGACACCACCCUUCACCCCCAGCCCUGCCGAUGGCUAUGUCCUGGAGCUGGAUGACGGCGACGGGGGACAGUUCCGGGAGGUAUACGUUGGCAAGGAGACCCUGUGCACCAUAGAUGGGCUGCACUUCAAUAGCACCUACAAUGCCAGGGUCAAAGCCUUCAACUCGUCAGGUGUCGGGCCGUACAGCAAGACAGUUGUCCUGCAGACGUCUGAUGUGGCCUGGUUCACAUUUGACCCCAACUCUGGGCACCGGGACAUCAUUUUGUCCAAUGACAACCAGACAGCCACCUGCAGCAGCUAUGACGACCGGGUCGUGCUGGGCACAGCCGCAUUCUCCAAGGGUGUGCACUAUUGGGAGCUGCACGUGGACCGGUAUGACAACCACCCAGACCCCGCCUUUGGGGUGGCCAGGGCCAGUGUGGCCAAGGACAUGAUGCUGGGCAAGGAUGACAAAGCCUGGGCCAUGUACGUGGACAACAACCGCAGCUGGUUCAUGCACUGCAACUCCCACACCAACAGGUCUGAAGGUGGCGUGUGCAAGGGGGCCACUGUCGGCGUGCUCCUGGACCUGAACAAGCACACCCUGACCUUCUUCAUCAAUGGGCAGCAGCAGGGCCCCACCGCCUUCAGCCACGUGGAUGGCGUCUUCAUGCCGGCCCUCAGCCUCAACCGCAAUGUGCAGGUCACCCUGCACACAGGACUGGAGGUGCCAACAACCCUGGGGAGGCCAAAGCUGACAGGCAACUAG